UUACCGUCAGUCUGUAACCAACGUUUUCUAUAAAUUUAGAAUAGAACAAAAACAAAAACUUAAUGUGCCGGCACAGACGUUUUUCUACCUAGAAUAAAAUGGAUUCACCACCAGAGGUUGAAAAUGUGCAAGCCAAACACAGUGGCUUUUUUGAGACCUUAAAAACACUGUUUUGUCAACCGUUUAUUUAUUUUGUUUUUGUGAGUACAUUUGUGAUACUGUAUAAAUUUUACUACAAGUAUAAGACACAUUGUUCAAAGGUUGCUCCCUUGAAAAAACUACCUAAAUUGCGAAAAGAUAUGACCGCAGUAGAACUACGGCAGUACGACGGGACACAGGAGGGUGGCAGAGUGUUGAUGGCUGUGAAUGGGUGGAUAUUCGAUGUGACUAGAGGGAAUCGGUUCUACGGUCCCGGUGGGCCAUAUGCUGUUUUUGGAGGAAGAGAUGCCACAAGAGGACUUGCCACGUUCUCUGUCACAGCACCUGAAAAGGACUAUGAUGACUUGAGUGAUCUCAACUCUAUGGAAAUGGAAUCAGUGAGGGAAUGGGAGGAACAAUUUAGAGAGAAUUAUGAUCUGGUCGGUCGACUUCUGAGGCCUGGUGAAGAACCCAGGAACUACUCGGACGAAGAACCCGAAGAAGCAGACACGUCCGCUCUCCCCAACGACGACAAGAAAACAAAUUGAACUUUCAUUGCAAAAUGACGGUAGCUUUACAAAGUAAAAUUGACAAAUUUGAAGAACAUUUUGCUUCUCAUUCUUUCAUUCACUAAUUGGUUAACUGCAUAUAAUUGAACCUUAUUUCUCUAUUUUUCUAGUUUAAAGUAUGUGUUGAAGCUACAAUUUGUCAAGUUUACUUAACUUAUGGUCACUUAUAAAAAUUAUACACAAUGAGUUCACGCUAUUGCUUCGAAAUCAAGAAACCAUAAACUUUUUUUUAAAACAAUUUUCCUAAUUCGGUGUUUCUUGAGAAUGUGAAUGAGUUUUCAUUGUAGUUAGAGAAAUGAAAAUGCAGGCUACCUCAUUCCUAGUCCAACGAAAGACUAAUUAUUAUUUACUUAAUUGAAACCACUGCGUUGUAGCGUGAAUCGCCUUUUGUGUUGGCACUUGUCAAGCGUUGGAAUAAAUUUAUAUAUUAUUGUUCUACGUACAUCGACUUAAAAUUCGUUGUGACCUAUUCGUUCCCGUGUUACUUAAAUCAAAUGUUUAUUCUUAAAACGUUACAAAAUGAACUAAUAACAAUAUUGUUUUCAGUAGACUGUCAAUUUUGUUUUGUUUUAAUCCAAUUUUUUUAUUUGAUAUAUUGUUUUCAAUAUACGGUGUCAAUUUAUAUCUAUCAUCAGUUUUGAAUCACUAAUAAUAAUGAUUCACAAUUUACUUUGUGGAGAAAUUGAAUACUAUCAAGCAACCAAAAUAUAUUUCUGUUUUAAAAAUCAAGGCAUGAUUGUGGUAUCAUAAUAUUACGUAUUAUUUUUUUUCAAAUUGGAUUAGAACAUGCAAUAAGGCCAUAAAAACCUGUGUCAGUCAAGUUGCGGAAAUCGUUUUGGUUUGUCUGUUGGGUGAAUUACUUAAAACGUAACGUAGUUAUUCAAUAAAUAUAAAUCGUCAAAAAUUUGUUUAUUGUAAAUAAGUUAUAACAAGUUCAAUGUUAGCUGUUUUUACUUAUUGCAUAUUUUUUGUAUAUAAUAAUAACAGUUCUAUGAAAUGAAAGACUGAAUGAUGGCAUAUUAAUGAUAUCCGAGGGAUGUAACAAAAUCAUUUAUUACACAUUCCUUUAAUCGAAAUUUUUGUUAAGCAGCAGUGUUUUAAAUAUAAAAUUAAAAUGGGCAGGUUGAAAAACAUGAAAAAGCUCUCAAUUCAGCCCGUGUGUUUUUUUAAUGCUUCCCUAAAAACUAGCAAACUAAAUUCACUGUUUUAUUAUAACAUCGCGACAUUAGAAAUAAGGAUCGCUUUUAUACGAAUUUGUGGAUACUUAUAUUUGUUCCUCUAGACUAGAUCAUUUUUCAGUUGAAUUAUUCCAAUCCAAAAAUCUUACCUAAUGUCGAAAUGUUUUAAGUUAUUUAAUGCGGUCAUAAAAUUAAUUUAAAUGUGCUGCUAUGUAAAAAAAAAAAAACAUUACACUAAUGCCAUUUAAAGGUACUUAGUUAGGAGAUUUAAGUGUUGCAACUGAAAGGAAAAAUAACGGAUUGUCCAUAUUUGACAAAAAUGUGUGUAAGCCUAGGAUCAUAUUGUGUCUUGUGUAUAACUUGUUACUAAUUUUCCUGCAAAUAACUAAAGUACAAAAUGUCACGUCCCCGCGCCGUGCUUUAAGUUAAAUUAUUUACGUUACUACCUUACUAGUAUUCAUUAAUUUGUGUUAGAUUUUAAGACUUUCUGUGCAACAAAUCUGUGGGAUAAAGUUACAUUGUUGUUUCACUGUAGCAGACCUUGGAAAGUAAUAUUAAAAGUUAUAAGAAAAA